AGGGAGCCACGGUCCAUCCAUGCAUCCAUCCAACCAUUCAUCCGCCUAAUUAGCCACUUAAUUGCUUGAUCGACAGCUACAAACAGCCAGCCAAGUGCGACACGCCACACACCACGCCACACCACCACCACCACCACCCCUUAUCUCCGCACACGCACACAGAGAAUGAAUGGACACACCUUAACUGCCGUACUCCCUCCCUCGCCCUGGCUGGCUGAUUUGCUAUGCCGUCUGUCUGUCUGUCUGUUCUUUUGUAUCUGUGUGUGGUGUGCGUGGUUCGUUUGUUUGCUGGUCUGUUUGUGUGGCUAGCUAAGGCUCUGGGUCUCGCUGCAGAGCGGGGGUGGGCUUGUCGGGCGUGGCCAACAUGCUGCAGAAGGCCCCGAACAGGAACGAUACGAACAGGUAGACGAACACACCCACAACCUGAGACGCACACAGACAGAGAGAGUGAGAGGAACCAAGGCGUGUUUGGGGUGUUGUGGCUGCACAGUGCAGUGGGAGCACUCACGAGGAACCCGACGGCGUUUCUGUAUUGGCCGUCGACGAUGGACUUGGGGCUCUUGACCCAGCGAAUCAGGAUGGGGUGGUCCGCAGAUACUAUGUCUAAACGGUGGCCACACACACACACACACACAAUUAGUGAGUGUCCUCGCCUGCCCUCCCUCCCUUGUCUGUCUUGUGUUGGUUUCGUUCGCACUGUGACUGACCGUGGAAGGCCUCGGCCUUCUGGAUGGCCUUGCGGUAUGCGAGUGUGGGCGGCACCACCACACCCCCCUUGGCUGUCGUGUUGCGCGAAUCGUCACAAUGGAACCCACCACUGCAGUCAGUGCAGUGCACACACAGACAACAAAACACACACACACACAGAGGGUCAGGCGAUGGGCAGGCUGUCUUGUUGGCCAUUCUAUGAUUGAUGUGUGGGGCUGACGUCUUGUCACAGCAGCUCUGCCCGACGGCCCAGAAGUUGACCAAGUUCGUCUGGGGGGAAGGAAGGCGACACAGACACGACGAUGGGAUGUGGGAAUGCAUGCCAUGGAUGUGUGUGCGGAUGAAGGCGGCCCACCUCCACGAGGUCAAUGAUGGGCGCCACACACCACACCUCACCUGCACACACACGCACACACGCAGGCACCCCCACGCCGCGUGCCUGUCUGUCUGUCUGUCUGUGUGCGUUGCGCCCCCCCGCCCCCACCCCCCCGCCACCCACCCUUAACGAAUCCGACUGCCUUUUCGACGUCCACCGAGGCGUUCUCAUUGAAAUACAACCGACCUGCAGCAAACAAAUAAGGAGGGAAGAGGUGGCCGCAGGCAAAGUGAGACCGGCCUGGGUUGUCUGUCUGGGUUGUCCUCUGCCUGCCUGACUCCCUACCUGCGUCGGCGAAUUUCUCUGCUUUGUCCGAUGGCAGCACAUUCUUAUACGUGGCCGCUUCGUUGUAAUUCCUGCAGGCGUCACACAGGAGUGUCUUGUAUAUGUAUAUGUGUGUGUGAUCAGGAGCGAUGGGUGCACCCGUCGUAUCGUCCUAGCGCACCAGAAGAGUCUGACGUUGGUCUUGUAGUUGAUGUAUCCGAAGUAGUAGGACACCACCACUGCAAUGAGACACAGGGCGCCCAGCGGCAGCUCCACAGGAAUCGCAGACGAGUAACCUGCGGCACACACACACACACACACACACACACACGCACACACAACAUCACAUCACAACACAUCACAUCACACACGACAGCCAGCCAAACCAUCCAAACCAUCCAUGCAUCCAUCCCUCUCUUUUUCUCACCGAGCAGCGGAUCCCUCCGUGUGGACCGUUUCGCCGCCCCGAGCACCAGCACCACGACGGAGGCGGCGGCGAAGAAGGUGGUCACCACCAGCACGGCCAGUUUGGACUCAUGGUAGGCGUAAACGAACAGCAGCUGAAUGGUCAGGUACACCACCCACGGGAUGAACACCAGCAGACACGUCCACAGGGGACUGAUGAGGAGGGACCUGUCGUCCCCGUCGUAGCCGCGCUUCUUCCGGGGGCGCCGGCCGGGCUGCUGGUUCAGGAACGGGUCGUUCUCGAAGCCUGCGCCGCCGAUGGUCCCGCCGCCCGUCGUGUUGAGCAGCGACGUCAUUGCACACUACCUGGGCUGGCUGGUAGGUUAUCUUUUAUGCGCUGGCGGCCUCACAAGACCCAGAGAUCUUUCUGUAGGAAACGGUCGCUGCUAGCCGCAGGAGCCCAUCGCAUCGCUACGUAAGCC